AUGUGUCACCGCCAGCUCCAGUGCACCCGCUUUGCGUGUGGUCAUGAAGAGCCUGUAGCCGAGAACAAGAUCGACUGUCGGUCUGAGACCUGUCGAUACAGCUGCAUGCAUCCCCGCGACUGCCCGAGAUGUACGGCGACCUGUGUACAGUGGUGA